AUAAAAUAUAUACAAAAAAAAGAAAAGGAAAAUUUGUGAAAUCUAUACCAAUACUAAUUAUCAAAUCAUAUUUUUAUAAUGAAUAUAUACAAGUUAGUUCAUAUACUAUUGUGGAAUCUUGCAAAUAUCUACAGAGCUCCUUCACUUCUAACAAAGAUUUACCCCUGAAAUGCUUGAACAAAUUGACAGAUUUUAAAUGAUAAAGGAAUGACUUAAUAUGAGUUCAUACAAGACUGAUGUAAAACCAGAAUAACCAAUCAAAUACUUAAAAGAUACUAAAAAAGAAUUAUGGAAAAGAUUUGCAGAAGAAUAUCCUAAUGGUAUGCCUUUAUAACUUGUCUCGAAGGUGAUCAAUAUGUAUACCGAGAAACUUUAGGUAAUAAUUUCUGCACAGGUUAUGGAUGAAUCUUUAAAGCUUAGAUCAAUAAAAAGAAUAUCUCAACAAGUCAAACAUCUUUUAGAAACAAUGUUUCAUACUGAAACAACAAAUCCUCGUCAAAAAUUAAAUGCACAACAGAUGCAUGAAGAACUGCUGAGACGUGCAGAACCUGGUAAAAUUGAAGAAAAUGACAUAUAUAAAGUAUCUACAGUAACAAACUGAAUUUCAACUUUGUCACAUAAAUGGAAAGAGGUCAUCGCUUGCAUUUCUUGGAAGAAAAUAUGGACUAAAAAUUCAUAAAAAAUACUUAUAACAAUUAGAAAUAUAAAUAAUAUUUAAU